AUGCCGACCCUGGACGAGGGCGGCCUGGCGGUCCGGCAGCUGGGAGGCGACCGCAACCGCGGGCUCCAGAUCCCUGGUGCCACACCGGACCGCCAGCAGCGUGCCAGCGAGGUCCGGCUCCCGCCGGAAAAGGAAAAGAGAAGGCGCCGGUGCCGGAGCACCGGCGCGAGGGCAAUGCCCCAAUCUUCAGAGGCACCUAUCGGGGGACCCGGCCCCCAGCCAGCACCGGAAUCUUCGGCGUCGGCUCCAGCAGGGCCCCCACCUGAGACAGCUCCAGAAGGCCCCGGACCUAGGGGUCCGGAGCCAGAGGCCACCACACCACCACGACCCGAAGCCACCCCCCAGGAGGAGGCCGCCAGGCCCGCUGCGGCGACCGAGGCACCAGCAGCCGAGCCGGGCGCCGAGGCCGGGCCCUCUCCAGCUGAGCCAGCAGCAGAGGGGACCGCUGCCACGGCAGAGGCUGCAGCGUCGGAGGCAGCGGAGGCGGCGAAGACAGCGGCACCGGAGGCCGCUGAGCUGCAGGAGGCUCGCGACCGGGAGGCGGCAGCGUUCCAACGGGAGAAGGCGGCGACGCGGCGGGAAGCGGAAGCCCUUGAGCGGCGGAUCGCGGCGGAGGAGAAGAUUCUGGCGGCAACCGAGAAGGAGCAGGCCAACCAGGCCAAGAAGGCGGCGGCAGUGGUCGAGGCGCAAGAGGCCUCCCUCGUAGAGCUAGCGGCAACCCGCGAAGCAGAGGUGGUGGCCCGGUUCCAAGAAUUCCAGAAGCGGAAAGAGGCUAUGGAGGAGGAGCUGGCAGUCGGGACACGGAGGCUCCAGGAGCGGGAAGCGGCCCUCCGGGAGAGGGAGGCCAAGGUGGAGAAGCUCCUGGCGAAGCAGAGCGCCAGCAUCGAUCGGAUCACAAGAUGGGUCGGCGCGGCGAACCCUCUGCUAGAAGCACUCGGAGCCAACCCCAUCCGGGUGUCGGAGGUUUCUUCACCACUUGGCGCCGCCCUCCAGGUCCUGGACUCCACCGCCGAGCGGCUGCGGGACGUGGAGGCCAGCAUCCAGGACCUCCUGGAGACGGAGGGGCGUGUAGUUGCCCGGGGGAUGGCGGAGUACAUCCUUACCACCUUCCGAAGCCACGACCCCGCCAUCCAGCUGACUCCAGUCCUAGUCGGGCCUCUCCGGGCAACGGCAGCCGCUGCGCGGGAAGGAGUCCAGGAGGCAGCGGACAUGGUCGCGGCACGCGCCCGACGUCGCCCGGAACCUGCACAGAGCGGGGGUGCCUCCGGGACACCAGAUCAAUAG